AUGAACGCCACUACUAACCAUUCAUUAGCAGUCUCAAACGCUAUCAGCUGUGACUGGACAUUUGAUGAUCAGUUUGUGGAUAAACUUUUUUCAGUUCUUUCCAUCAUCCUGAACUUGUUGACUUGCCCUCUGACUAUCCUUCUGAACACGCUGGUCAUAAUCGCUGUCAAGACAAGACCAAGGCUUCAGAAUAUGCAUAAUUUAAUACUGGCCUCUAUGGCAGGUACAGAUUUGGCGGUUGGAAUGGUUGCCCAGCCAGUGUUCAUCGCAAGAGAAAUUUCCCGCCAAACGGGUGGAUCGAUUUCGAUGUAUUGCAAGCUGAGUACAAUAACGCUGAUAACAACAACUCUCUUUUGCAUAACUUCUCUUUUUCAUUUGACACUAAUUUCCGUAGAACGCUUAAUAGCAAUGAAAUAUACCUUGAGAUAUAACGACAUCGCCACAAAAGGACGUUUAACUGCGGCUAUCGCAUUGUGCUGGCUUUUGGCUACAAUUAAUGUAACUAUCAGGCUUACUGCAGCGCGCCUUACAGUAUUUUUCGUGAUAAUUAUUACUCCAGUGAUUUUUUACUGUCAUGUUUCAGUUUAUUUUGUUUGCCGUCGCCAUUUGCAUCAGAUGAAAUCUGAGCAAAACUCUAGUGAAGCCACAACAAAGUUUUUAGAGGAUCGAAAAGCUUGGAAAACGACCGCUAUUAUUUUAGGUGGUCUUCUUUUAUCUUUUUUGCCACAAGCUUUGCGCGCUACAGCCCAGCGGCAAUUUUCAAUUCCACUACUGAAUAGUGUAGAGCCACUGGCAUUUUCCUGUGUCAUGUUAAAUUCAAUUCUGAAUCCAGUUAUUUAUUGCUGGAGGAGUCGAGUUAUUCGUCAUGCAUUAUUGCAACUUUUAGGAAAGAAAAUAAACAAUGUAUGA